CGGGCAACUGUUUGUCAGACUGAUCUCAAAUCUGGUGGGAUCAAAGGUACCGUUGCAUUAUCAUACUUGGCGUCGUGUUCCUGCCAAGUACAAAGUUGAUUUAUAUCCCGAGCUAGAGGUAUCGGGGCACAAACUUGUGGGAACCCCUUCGAGCGGGUAUCCAAGCAGAUAUGCAAAGAGCUUAUCGAGAGCGCAAGUAUCAGAUGAAAAAACAUUUUGAUAGAGUUGGUGGAUAUCGUAAUGUGGAAAGGGCAAGAAGAUGUCCACCGGAUGAUUCGACCGCCAAAGCUUGGAACGAUAUGAUUGAUUUGUUGUUUUUGACCGAGGAAUACAGACGCACGUCGGAAAAAAAUAAAGUUACUAGGUCGAAACUUCCACACACAAGUGCUCACGGAUGUAGACCGUAUGCUCAACGACGUUAUUUAGAGGAACAAAUGGGAAUCAAGCCGCAACAUAUUGAGGGUUGAAGACAAAUGCGCUACAAAGAAGGUUCGGGUUGGUGUACAAGUCGAGCAGAAGAAGACUGGGAGAAAAUUCAAAAUGAAUAUGAGAAAAUGCAAAACGAGGUUGGAGAAGGAGGAGAAGUAAACGAGGAAGAAUGUUUAGAACGUGCCCUUGGGACGAGACGUGGACAUGCUCGCGGGGUGGGUAGGAGACCAACCGCCAACUUCGGUUUAAUUCCAAAUGAACGGCCUUCCACUUCCAAAUCGUCUCAAUCUCAACCCCAAUCUCAAUCCCAAUUCGAUGCACAACAAAUGCAAGAAUAUUUGCAACAAUAUAAUGCAUCAUUGGCGGCUUGUAUUCCGAACUUCCAACCACCACCAUUUCCUAACUUUCUAUUCAACUAUAACACACAAGCAAGUAUCUCUCAACAAUUUGCCGAAAGGAUGGAAGAAGAAGGAGAAGAAGAAGAAGGAGAAGAAGAAGAAGGAGAAGACGAUUAUGAUAAUGAUGAUUGA